CUAAUCUGUGAUCAAGUGCUGUCAUGGGCUGAUGUGUAUUUUGUUGCAUUCCUUUUUGUACGAAUUGUAGAUAUUAAUCGUUAUGCAUAUUUUUAAAUGAAACUCCACAAUAAACAAUUGUAUAGUGUUUCCUAUCGUAUCAGUGUUGUUAAACAGUGGUCGAAACUAGCCACCUUGUAGUGGCGGGUGACAUAAUUUUCGUAUUGCGUAUCAUGUAGUUAUUGUGGUUUAUUUUGUGGCUUGCAGCAUCUAUUUUCGACUCGAGAAUCGUCCCUAAGGAGCCCAAAUGACGUGAUCCAAAAUGAGCUGGCUGCGGACCCCGGUGUUCACGCGGCAGCUCUCGCGCAGCCUCGACCCGCGGCACGACUACGAGCCGCAGGCCUGCUACAGCUCCUUCUGCAAGCACUGGCAACAGGCACACGAGAUAAUACUCAAAUCACAGCCACGCCAACUUCAUGAUGACGUGCUGGCCGUCGCCAAUCACCUAGAACAAUUAACAACCUUGCUGGAACUAGAAGCGAGAGCCCGAGAGACCAACACCGUGGCCACAUCAGGGGCUUGCCUUGAGCAUUUGCUGUCGGAGAACCUUCUCGACAAGCUGUAUGAAUGGGGCAAUUCUACUGGCAUGUACAAGAACGCCGUGCGUUCAGAGCAACUGAAGCUGUUUGGAAAUCUCAUCAUUCAUUACAGCUCACAGGUGUUAGCUGCAGAGCCAUUCCUUAGGCCACUUCUGAAACUGUUCAGCGGGUUGAGGAACGAAUUAAUCCCGCUCGAUCAGGAAACUCAAUUGGUGAUGGUAUUGAACCACCUGUGCGUCGCCCUGAUGCAAAACAUCGAAUUUAUCGAUCUAUUCUUCUUGACAAACCACACGCAAACUGAAGCCAAGCCUGAGUUCAUAAUAACCCGCCUCCUCCUAAAGUUCGUCCACCGCGAGGGCCGCAAGGGCUCAGCGGCGCGCGACGCCCUACUUCUCUGCGCGAACAUGUCUGCGCGGUGCCCGCAACUGGCCAGGUGCAUGCUGGAAGGAGAUACUUGCCCCGUGCUGGCCACAGGUCUAAGCGGGCUUUACUCGCUUCUCCCGCGAACGUUGGGCGACAACGUGUACCGACUAACAGCCGACGACGUGAACCAGGGCCACAAGCUGACGCUGUUCACCGACUCGGUGGAGUUCUGCAACGCCGUGGCACAGGUCGCGCAUCCGUCCAUCAAGAAGCAGCUUCUCGACCUGCUCUGCCAAGGGUUCCUAGUGCCCGUCAUGGGGCCCGCCUUAUUACAGACGAAACCCGGGCCGUUGCAGAGUGGCGCUCCCGAGCAAGCGGCGGCGAUGGCGUACCUAGAGCUAGUGCUCAGAUGCUCAACACAGCGGGGCUUGCUGCGAGCGGUUCUACAUUUUCUCUUCACUUAUGAAUAUGAUGGCGUGAAGCUGAUUGACGUCAUGCUUAGGAGAUUGGACGGGAAUACCCAGCUCGCCCUAGUCUCCCUUUCCCUAAUGGAGACCCUCAUCGACCUAAACUCCGAAGACGUGAUGAUCGAGUUAGUCUACAAGUACCUCCUGAAAGGCCACCACUUACUCACACACCGACCAACACCACCCGACCCUAAUUCAUAUAGGGACGCCGCAAUGUCCUUCCUAAGUCUUAGCCCACAGUGCUGCUUUAGGUCUUUAAGUAGGACAAGAGCUUGGGUGGAUGAACUGGCCAUGAGCGGUAGAAGAGUGUUGGAUUUGAAGAGAGACGAUGAGAGAGUUAAUGGGGUGCAAGAUGGCAUCGCUAUGAACAGUUUGGUGCAGGAGAUCAAGUUUAAUUAUGGGAACCCAAACGACACCCUGUUUGGCAACUACCACGCAUACCUGUGCGACGCUCGAUUCGAAAUCGUCUCUCGCGCGCUCGCCUGCGCCCACUGGAGCUCCAAAUACGACACCAUUACCCUACCCAAGCCGGAACCGAACAACAACACGAAAGAGACGAGAGACGAGCCCGUCCCCACGAAAGAGCAAGACAGCCUUAUAUCCAACUGCACCAGCGGCUACGAUACUUUAAAAACUAGCGAUACCUCAGAAAAAGAACCACACAGUUUAACAUCGCUGAACGAAGCGGAUGAACAAGAACAGCAAGAUGUAAACGGCGAUGGGAAAGACAGAGACAGCCUAAUAUCGACGGGAAGUGAUAGUGAUAAGAAUGAGGAGUUUGUUGAAGACUCAUUUAGGAUGUGCUUCUUAAAGAUGGAUAGGGAUUAUGAAGAGGUGCCUGUGAUAAAGAAUUGGGUGGCUGGCGGGAGAGUCAGUCCGGCGUCGCUUGUCGGCCCUCUCCUAAGCAGCCUCCUGAAGAAGGCCGCGGCCCUCCUAGAAUCAGACGUCCUCAGCAACUGCCUAGUGACGGGGCUGCUCGGGAAACUGUGCGCGGCGCCCUGCGCACUCCUACCCGGCCUGCUGCUCCCGCAGCCGCACACGCAGCCCAACGUGCCCUCCCUGUACCAGAUACUAAGCAAGCUGCGGGACGAGCUAGACGAGUUGACCAGCGGGCUGGACAACACUGCAGAACUGGUGGAUAAGGCGCGAGUGUUCCUCGUGCAGAGAGAACUGCUGCUGGUCAGGAGGACCAACAACGAAGCGUCCAGCAACAGCAGCAGUCCUCGCACCGACGAGCCUCUACAUCGCGGCGAGACCAAACGGCGGAGUUUGAGUACUAGUAUAUCCAACAUGUUCGGACGACGAUUAUCAGCAUCCCCAUCGCAGCCGCACAGCAUCCCACACUCGACAAACUCGCCCGCCAAGCGGCCCGUCUUCACCCAAGAGGCCUACUGGAAUCAGUCUAUAGCUCUCCGUUCCAUCCUCAAUGCCGUCCUAUUAGACGAGUGGCUAAAAGAACUCGCAGCUCUUUGUGAGGAACAUGCACUAAGACUGUCGGCAGGCAACUAUGAGGACGAUACUUAUUUGAGAACGGUGGGGUUAUGACUGUUAGCUAAACGUGGAGUCAAGGAUGGCGUGCUAGCUACGCGUGAUACGUCCGUAUGACAGAGAAAUGUACAUUAAAAUAGUACCAUGAAACCAGUCCGUCCUCAACGCCACCCUACUACGAGUGGCUGAAGGAACUUAGACGAUAAUUACUGGACGGUUAUGACCGUUAGCUAAACGAGGGUCAAGUAUAUAGCUAGCGUAUGACAGAGGAACUAAAAUAAACUUAAUGCAUUGAAGCAAUUUUGGGGUAAAGAGAAAUCACAUAUCAGCAUAGUUGAUUAUUACGCUACAUUUGCUGAUCGUGCCUUCUGUCAAUUACAGUGAAUACUAUAACUUUAUUAGUAUAAAAGGGAAAUCGAAAAACAAUCUUACUACGUGAGAAAUAAGAUUGUUUUUUUCGAAAGCGCUCUAAUGCGACAUACGUUGAAAAGGAAGGAAGGAGUUUAGUCUGAUAUUAGAGCCACGCGGAAAACAACAGACCUUACCUCAAAUCUUUAGGGUUUCAGUGAACUUAUAACCAUAAAUGUGUUUUUCAAUAUGUCGGGAUUAUCGAAUUUAGCGCUGUGCGUGCUCAAAUGGGAAUUAUUAUUAAGGUUACAAUUAAAAUAAACUUAAGGUGAGUUGGUAAGGCACUUUAAUAUGUUAGCAAAUAUGUAUGGGUUGUUGCUAUAGUCUGGUUUUGUACAUAGUUAGACUUAUUUCCCAGUUAUAUUGCAAAACACGUGUAUGGUUUUUGCCUUUACUUACACGGUACAUAAGAAUUAGGAAAAUUUUAGAUUGUAAUGUACAUACAAAAUAAAAUUGGAUCGAAAUCGCUUUAAAUUUUAUAUGUUUAAUUUCAAAACGAUCAAAGUUUUUAAUUUUUAACAUUCAGUGAUAAUAUUUACUGUUUUUUUUUAUUCUAUAAUUAUAGUAAUACGUAAUAAUCACACAUAAUUAUAAGUACCUACUUUUAUCGAGUAGUAAAUGCCAUGAAAGUAAUUUUGAACUGUGAUUUUGUGAUGUUCAAAACAGGUUUAUUUAUUGUAUAUAUAUUCAGUAUUUCGUAAAUAACUAAAGCAGUAGCCGAGUGUGUUAAUACUAAUAACAAUUAUUAAUUACUUUUAAGACUUAGAAAUGCUUCUUAAAACUUUAAUUAUUAAUAU